CAUUUCAUGCUCCAUUCUUCUGCUGAACCCUGUUACCGCUCGUGAUAUUCCUCGACUCGCUCAGAACACCUUUCGGUCUUACUGCCUGCCCCACGAACCCCACACUCUCUUCGAAUCUGGUUGCCCGCCAGUGGCACGUCAUCUGCCAAGUUUGAAAGGGCAAGAACCCCUCGACAGCUCGACCUCCACAACAAACGACCCCCACCUGCCCGUCACCGCACCCGCCGCGCCGCAACCAUGGACACGAAUAUGGAGGACGUCAAGAUGCCCGAGCCUAUGCAGCUCUCGUCAGUUCCAGCAUCUGAGCCCACCACAAUCCCUACGCUGGACGGCUGGAUUGAGAGCCUGAUGACAUGCAAGCAAUUGGCGGAGAGCGAUGUACAGAGGCUGUGCGACAAGGCUCGUGAGGUGCUUCAGGAAGAGUCAAAUGUACAACCUGUGAAAUGCCCCGUCACAGUCUGCGGUGAUAUCCAUGGACAGUUCCACGACCUGAUGGAGCUGUUCAAGAUUGGUGGCCCCAACCCAGACACGAACUAUCUCUUCAUGGGUGACUACGUCGACCGAGGUUACUUCUCUGUCGAAACCGUGACCCUUCUCGUUGCACUUAAGAUUCGAUACCCCCAGCGCAUCACCAUUCUCCGCGGAAACCACGAGUCGAGACAGAUUACCCAAGUGUACGGUUUCUACGACGAGUGCCUUCGCAAGUACGGCAACGCCAAUGUCUGGAAAUACUUCACAGACCUCUUCGACUACCUCCCUCUUACCGCCUUGAUCGACAACCAGAUCUUCUGUUUGCACGGUGGUCUCUCCCCUAGCAUCGACACGCUCGACAACAUCAGGGCGCUUGACCGCAUCCAGGAAGUACCACACGAAGGGCCCAUGUGCGACCUUCUCUGGUCAGACCCCGAUGACAGGUGUGGUUGGGGAAUAUCUCCUCGCGGUGCCGGUUACACAUUCGGCCAGGACAUCUCGGAGGCGUUCAACCACAACAACGGCCUGACUCUGGUGGCGCGAGCCCAUCAGCUGGUUAUGGAGGGUUACAACUGGUCACAAGACAGGAAUGUCGUGACCAUCUUCUCCGCACCCAACUACUGCUACAGAUGCGGUAACCAAGCGGCCAUCAUGGAGAUUGAUGAGCAUCUCAAGUACACUUUCCUACAAUUCGACCCCUGCCCGCGCGCUGGCGAACCGAUGGUCUCGCGUAGGACACCAGACUACUUCUUGUAGAGAACACCAACGUCCCUCGAUACAUGGCUUGAUAGAGCAAGGAAGCAGCAUAAUACGAACUAUACACGACCACUCAUGGCAACGUGCUGGUCUGUCUUUAGUGCACGCCUGAUGACGACGCUACACGACGUCUCAGGGAUAUGACAGGGGCCUGCGAACCUAGAGCCCUGGCCCAGCUGGCCAACGAUGAUGAUGAAGUCUAUUGCUAUUCAGGAAAAUUGCGUACAUAUGUAGACUCGAAAGCCGUGUACUAGUAGGUACAUGCAAAUUUACGAUGGGCAAUGACUUCUGUGUUCUUAACGUUCUCCGCGUUUCGAUUCAUCGCGCCUUCUUAUUUGAAGAGUGGUUCUACCCUUCUCAGAUCCGC